AUGCUGUUCAUUGUGAACACAGAGGAUGGAUUACUGCAGAGAGUAAAAAACAAACACAAAAGGGCACACAAAAGGAGUGUGUUGUUGACAACUACUGGCCGUCCUCGGCGGUGUGGUUGGCUUGAUAUAGUUGCCUUGAAAUACUCGUGUCAGAUCAACGGGUUUUCAUCGUUGAAUCUUACCAAGCUGGAUGUUUUAUCGGAUCUUGAAGAAAUUCAGUUGGGUGUCUCUUACAAACUUGCUGAUGGCACCCUAAUCAAAUCAUUUCCUUCUGACCUCCUUCUUCUUGAGCAAUUGAAAGUGGAAUAUGAAGUACUUCCUGGAUGGAAGUCUGAUAUUUCUUCCAUAAGAAACUACUCUGAUCUUCCAAAAGCUGCGCGGCAGUACGUGGAAAGGGUAGAAGAACUUGUGGGAGUCCCUAUCCACUACAUUGGUGUUGGACUUGGACGUGAUGCCCUCGUAUACAAAUGA